AUGGAAACCACAAGGUUAAUAAAGGUGAACCUUGCAGUUCCCAUCAUGGGAUAUAAUGUAACCAUUCUCACCAUAGACUUCAACGGUGCUUUCCCAUCAUUGAAGUCUAAGCAAAUUAUGUUGAAACCAUUCCACUAUCACAAUCUGAUCUUCAUCAUGCCAGUUAUCUUCAUUGUGAUCUUAUUUUCUUGGACCUGGGGAAGAUUAGGUCAGUCAGUGGACUUUAAAUGUGAAGAGAGAGAUACAUUGGGUGGAUCCCUACAGACUUCCACACAGAAGGAGGAGAAAGACUUCCUUGUCCUUGUAUGGGUCUGGCCUUUUGGGGAACCAUUCCCAUUAAACACUUGCCAGAGUGUUUAUGGUAUCCCAGGAUGCAAACUGACAGCAAACAGGAGUUUCUAUAACAUUGCAGAUGCUGUGGUCAUGCACCAUGUAGACAUCAUGUAUGACAAACUAUCUUUGCCGCAACAACCAAGGCCUCAUUAUCAACGAUGGGUAUGGUUCAACAUGGAGCCUCCAUUGAUUAUUAAAAAUCUGCAUUUCCUGGAUAACCUAUUUAACAUGACUAUGACAUUCCGCCAGGACUCCGAUGUGUACAGACCCUAUGGACGAGUUGAAGCCUUGAGAGAACCUCAGAGCUUAAUCAUCCCAGCCAAAUCUAAAUUGGUCUCUUGGGUGGUUAGUCAGUGGUAUCCGGGUGUCCGGCGCAAUGUCUACUAUGAGGAACUGAAGAAAUACAUUCCAAUUGAUGUCUAUGGGAAAAAGCACAUGAAAUUGUCCUGGGAUGACUUCUAUCAAACCAUCUCCCAGUACAAAUUUUACCUGGCCUUUGAGAAUUCCAUCUAUAAAGAUUAUAUUACUGAGAAACUGUGGUCUAAUGCCUACGACUCUUGGGCUGUUCCCGUUGUAUUAGGGACCUCUCGUAAAAACUAUGAGCGGUUUCUUCCUGGAGAUGCUUUUAUUCAUGUAGAUGAUUUCCCAAGCGCAAAGGACCUAGCGUCUUAUCUUCUAGAGUUGGAUAAGGAUGAUAAAAAAUACCUGAAGUACUUUAACUGGAGAUCUCAAUACCGUGUGAUAAGAGGACAUGGAUGGGACAGCAGCUACUGCGAGGCCUGCCGGGUUCUGCGCCAGGCUCAAUAUUACCAAGUCAUCCCUAGUGUGGAAAAGUGGUUUUUAGGUGACUUAAAAGUAUAA